UCGGGGUGUGGAUCAUUCGUUGUCUUUGCUGUGCAGGUGUCCCAGUGCAGGAGCUGCAACAGGAAGUACCAGCCAGUGCCACGGGACAGGGAGUGGGGGAGUGGAGCGCUCUUCAACUGCACAACCUGCGAUAACACCUUCAGGUUGACGGCGAUAAAAGGGACAGCUUGUAUGUGUCGGCUGGGGACAGAUGGGCGUGCCCACAUCGCCGUGCUAGCGGUGCUAGGCGGCGUGUGGCGCACGCGCGUGCAGCGCCCCGACACGCACAGCGCUGCGCGCCCUUCCGGGCAGCAGCUCAGCUGCAUGGCCGAGGACUGCUACAACCCCCAGGGCGCGUCACACGUGCUGUGUGCACGCGCGCACCCUGCACGUGACGAGGCGCGUCACGUGCUGUGUGCACGCGCGCACCCUGCACGUGACGAGGCGCGUCACGUGCUGCACGCGAGCGAGCCGCACGUCAGCAGCGCCUCCACGGUGGCCACGUGCAUCAGCCAGGGCAGCCUCGUGGAGCACGAGGACGUCCUCAUCGAGCAGGACCUCUUGGAGGAGGACGAGAAUCGGCGCCACUGAGCGUGCCGCGAGCGAGGUUCCAACGCGAGUAACGCGCGAGCCUCCUCGGCGCCUUUGCGUUGGGUCGUGUUUUUAAAUCGAGCUGUGAAAGUGCCUUGUUUUCUUCAGCUUUUAAAAAAUAGCACUUGCCUACAGUUGAUUUGCGUUUAACCGAAGCACAAUAUUUACACUGCGUUUCUAAAGCCAACGAUGACCCCUUAUUUAUCGAAGAUGGGGGUGGAUGAACGGCGCGGUGGUUUUCGUGCAUUGCACUGUGAACCCAGCGAAGCAAGUUCGAUCCCCGGCCACCGCUAAAAAGCAGUGCGGAGUGGUAUCUGAACUGGUCCUGGAUGCCCCCUUUGUUAAACAGCACUGACAAGCUGAGUGAAGUAUGGUCAAACAUCCCUCGUGAACAGCACUGCUUGAGGAUAUUUGACCAUUUCUUUUUUGGCCCAAAUUUUUAUUCAUGAAAAAUAUUUUAUUCCACAUCCUCCCUCGCAUCAUACAUUGCAAUAUUUUGACACUCCGGGCAGCAGUUCCAAGGGGCAUCUAAGGUAUCGGGCAUACCGGACUUAUCAGGGCAGGCGGGAGGUUUUUUCCUCCUUUUUAAAGUGCUCUUGUAAUUGUAAAAACGAUAAACCAUAAACCAUUUCAGGUCUUAAUUGAUUGUUCACGCUUACAGUGGCUUUCAGACAGCAUACAUUAAU